AAACAUUUCAAUUCUGACAAGUGUUUCUCAGUUGACUUACCAUGUGUUACUUAAUUACUCAACAUAAUUUUGUCGUCGCACGCAGCAGUCUUCACUUAAACGUCGUCCAUCGUGAGGCAGUUUCCGGCGGCUGAAGUUGAACCCAGUCGUUAUUGUGCUCUGGGCAAGUCGCCAGUUCAUUACAGGGUCGACUCAUAAAACCAUUCACACUUACAUGACACAAUCAACCUUUUAACCUCACGUCUUUGGAACGUGGGAGGAAGCUGGAGAGAACCACACAGCACAUUCCUGUUUGAAGAGUAAAGCCUGCUGUGAGACAUGCGACUCAUGAAGACCAAACCUCUGUGACCACCAUGAGGUUGGUGACGAGCAUGAGCUUGAAGUUUGACUCUUUCCAUGCCGCACUGGGCGAUGCAGUUGAGAAGCGUUCGGUGGGGAGCUGGACUUUGUAGAGAUCAUCCAGCUGUCUGAAGCUGGUUGUCAGUUUCCUAUAAGCUGAGGAUGUGGUUAGACUGUUGGUUAAAACUGAACAAGAAGAAGAGACAGUAUCGAAGCAGGAUGGAGGCCACCUCGCUCUGCCUAAUAAUCUCAGCCACACUGAGCAUCUCUCCUGACAAAUCUCAAUUCUUUCGAUAUGACCGCAUAAAUCUGACAUGUGCGUCACCGGAAAACUCCAUUGGCUGGACACUGAGGAGAAAUGUUUCUUCUAAGGCACUUUUCCCAUGCAAGGGGGACUGCAUCCUUGACGAUGUCUACCCUACAGAUACCGACUGGUACUGGUGUCAGUCUGAGGAUGGCAAGUGCAGCAACGUUGUUAGCAUCAAUGUGACAGCUGGUGCUGUGAUCCUGGAGAGCCCUGCACUUCCUGUGACAGAGGGAGAUAAAGUGACACUUCACUGUCGCUACAAAGAAAGAUAUGCCAAGAAUUCUACGUCAGAUUUCCCUGCCAAGUUCUUCAGAGGCGGUGUCUUCGUCGGCAUUGAGCCUACAGGAAAGAAGAUCCUCCCAGCAGUGUCCAAGUAUGAUGAAGGCUCUUACAUGUGUCAGCACCCCAUGAAAGGAAAGUCCCCGGAGAGCCGGCUGGUUGUAAGAGCUAAGCCUAGAAGAGACCUUCUUCUUCCUUCACCACCACCUCCUCCUCCUCCUUUCAUGCUGGAGCUGGUGUGCAUCAUCCUGCUGACCAUCAUCUACGCUUUCAUAAUCAUCAUGGGUAUAUACACAUGCCGACGGUGGGCUCGAGCUCAUGACUGUGCUCAAAGAUUAACAUCAGCAUCAGCAGAUGUCAGACUUGAAGAAGAAGAACUACAACCUGUUUAUAUAAUCGCAUGACUGGUGCCUUUGUGUUUAUCUUUAAAAUGUUAUUUCUUAUCUUCUAUUAUCUAUGAUCUAUUAGUCUGUUUUAUCUAGUAUGCAAAAUUGUGCAGCUUAUUUUGUUCU